AUGUCUGAUAAUGGCAGUGACUGUUUUGCCUCUGGAAACAAUGCAGAAAUUACGGAGCCAACCAAUGAUGAUUCUUUACCUGAUGAUGCAGAACUGCACUGUGAUUCAGCUACGAUUUCAAAGGAGCCAACACCAGCUGACCCCGGAGCAGAUGUGCAUGAGGAUGUAGCUGUUCAGAGUACAGUGACUCCUGACUCCAGGCACCCUGAGCAGCCUGUGGAGCUCCUCUUCAAUGGAGAAGUGACCGAAGACACACUUGCCGAGUGUGUGGAUGCCGUUAACCUUGAAGCAGAACCUGGAUCCGAAAUACCCCUGAAAGAACAGACUAAUCCGGCGGUGGAGACCCCUUUGCGUGGAGGAGCAUGGGCAGGAUGGGGCUCCUGGGGCAAAUCCCUGCUCUCCUCAGCAUCUGCUACUGUAGGUCAUGGGUUGGCAGCAGUCAAGGAAAAAGCAGGGGCUACCCUACGGAUUCAUGGUGCGAAUUCUGGUGAAGGGGUUCAAGCUGAUACUGAAAAUGAAGUCCCUCAAAUAACAGAUGCUGCCGCAGAUCAGAGCCCUGCAGAAAAUCCACCCACUUCUCCAUCAUCAGGGUCUCGGGGCGUCCUGUCAGCCAUCAGCAAUGUGGUUCAAAACACAGGGAAAAGUGUCUUGACUGGCGGUCUUGAUGCUUUGGAGUUCAUUGGCAAGAAAACCAUGAAUGUCCUUGCAGAAAGUGACCCAGGAUUUAGGCGGACCAAGACACUCAUGGAGAGAACAGUUUCCUUGUCUCAGAUGUUAAGGGAAGCAAAAGAGAAGGAGAAGCAGAGGCUGGCACAGCAGCUCACAGCAGAAAGGACUGCACACUAUGGCAUGUUGUUUGAUGAGUAUCAAGGCUUGUCACAUCUGGAAGCCCUGGAAAUCCUGUCCAAUGAAAGUGAAAGCCAGGUGCAGUCAUUUUUAGCAUCAUUUGAUGGAGAGAAGCUGGAAAUCUUAAAAAAUGACCUAAUUUCCAUCAAAGACAUCUUUGCUGCCAAUGAAUUAGAGAAUGAAGAGAAUCAAGAACAAGGCUUAGAAGAAAAAGGAGAAGAAUUCGCUAGCAUGCUUACAGAACUUCUCUUUGAAAUACAUGUCGCGGCCACACCUGACAAACUCAAUAAGGCCAUGAAAAAAGCUAAUGACUGGGUGGAAGAAGAUCCAGCCGUGGUGUCAGUAGAUAUGUCAAAAGAGUCAGAGGAGGAGACUAAGGAAGAAGAGAAGGCUGAACACGCUGAAGAAGACACAAAGGAAGAAAGGAAAGGGAAGAGUAUAGAGGAUGUAUACAUGCUGUGCAUUGAAAGUCUGGCAGAAGUAACCGCGCGCUGUAUCGAGCAGCUUCAUAAAGUAGCAGAAUUAAUUCUUCAUGGACAAGAAGAGGAAAAACCUGCUCAGGACCAAGCAAAAGUUCUGAUAAAAUUAACUACUGCAAUGUGCAGUGAAGUGGCUUCCUUAUCAAAGAAGUUUAUGAAUUCUUUAACCACUAUUGGGAGCAACAAGAAGGCCGAGGUUCUUAACCCCAUGAUCAGUAGUGUGUUGUUAGAGGGCUGUAACAGCACAACGUACAUACAGGACGCCUUCCAGCUGCUGCUGCCGAUUCUGCAGGUUUCUCAUAUCCAGACCAGUUGUUCCAAAGCAGAGCCGUGACCACGCCUCACUCCACCUGGUUAAAGGAAACGGCAGGCCACGUAGCUUCGAUGAAUGCCAUUGAAGGCAAUGUUUUUUAAGCAUCUGGCCAGAGGCCCCUUUGAGGACACUACAAGCAAUUUUGCACAGAUAAUGUUGAGAGUAGGUUCAAAAUGAGUUACCAUAUCUUUUAACAUAUGUGGUUAUUUUCCCCAGUAAUUAUGUUUUCUUCAUGUUAAUUUAAACUUAAGCUUGUAUUGA